GGGGUACCAGAAAACCAGGGUGGAGCUCGCCCCGGCCAUGCUCCUCCCGGGCCAAGGGGUGCCCAACGCCUGCCCCCCAAGCCCUCGCCCCCGCUGAGCCAGCAGGAUGGUGCAGAAAUCGCGCAAUGGGGGCGUCUACCCGGGCCCCAGCGGGGAGAAGAAGCUCAAGGUGGGCUUCGUGGGGCUGGACCCCGGCGCCCCCGACUCCAACCGGGACGGGGCUCUGCUCAUCGCCGGCUCCGAGAGCACCAAGCGCGGCAGCAUCCUCAGCAAGCCCCGCUCCGGGGUGGCGAGCACGGGGAAGCCCCCCAAGCGCAACGCCUUCUACCGCAAGCUGCAGAAUUUCCUCUACAACGUGUUGGAGAGACCCCGCGGCUGGGCGUUCAUCUAUCACGCCUAUGUAUUCUUAUUAGUCUUCUCCUGCCUGGUGUUGUCUGUCUUCUCCACCAUCAAGGAGUAUGAGAAGAGUUCCGAGGGUGCCCUCUACAUUCUGGAAAUCAUCACCAUUGUGGUCUUCGGUGUCGAGUAUUUUGUGAGGAUCUGGGCUGCUGGCUGCUGCUGCCGUUAUCGGGGCUGGAGGGGGAGGUUAAAAUUUGCUCGCAAGCCCUUCUGCGUGAUCGACAUCAUGGUGUUGAUUGCUUCCAUCGCCGUGUUGGCUGCCGGUUCCCAGGGAAAUGUCUUUGCCACAUCAGCACUCCGGAGCUUGCGGUUCCUGCAGAUAUUACGCAUGAUUCGGAUGGACCGGAGAGGAGGUACCUGGAAACUUCUUGGGUCUGUGGUGUAUGCCCACAGCAAGGAGUUGGUGACUGCUUGGUAUAUUGGUUUUCUCUGCCUCAUCCUGGCCUCUUUCCUGGUAUACUUGGCAGAGAAGGGAGAAAAUGAGCACUUCGAUACCUAUGCGGAUGCCCUGUGGUGGGGCCUGAUCACCUUGACGACCAUUGGCUACGGAGACAAGUACCCUAAAACCUGGAAUGGACGCCUUCUGGCUGCAACUUUCACCCUCAUUGGGGUUUCCUUCUUCGCUCUCCCAGCUGGCAUUUUAGGCUCUGGGUUUGCUCUGAAGGUCCAAGAACAGCAUCGUCAGAAGCACUUCGAGAAGAGGCGAAAUCCUGCUGCUGGCCUGAUCCAGUCUGCAUGGAGAUUCUACGCGACCAAUCUUUCCCGGACAGACUUACACUCAACCUGGCAGUACUACGAACGUACCGUCACAGUCCCCAUGUACAGCUCGCAAACACAAACUUACGGUGCCUCCAGACUAAUUCCACCUCUCAACCAGCUGGAGCUCCUAAGGAACCUGAAGAGUAAAUCCGGACUCACUUUCAGGAAAGAACCUCAGCCAGAACCAUCACCCAGUAAAAGCAAACCGUGUAAAGAGUCACUUUGUGGAUGCUGCUCUGGAAACUCUAGUCAGAAGGUCAGUUUGAAAGAUCGUGUCUUCUCCAGUCCCCGAGGCGUUGGCGCCAAGGGGAAGGGCUCUCCACAGGCCCAGAGUGUCCGGAGGUCUCCCAGUGCGGACCAGAGUAUUGAAGAUAGCCCGAGUAAAGUGCCCAAAAGUUGGAGUUUUGGGGAUCGGAGCCGAGCCCGGCAAGCUUUCCGGAUCAAAGGCGCUGCAUCGAGGCAAAACUCCGAAGACUGUGAUUUCUUUCACCCAGAAGCAAGCCUUCCUGGAGAGGACAUCGUGGAUGACAACAAGAGCUGCAACUGUGAGUUUGUGACUGAAGAUUUAACGCCAGGACUUAAAGUCAGCAUCAGGGCUGUGUGUGUCAUGCGAUUUCUUGUGUCCAAGCGGAAGUUCAAGGAGAGCCUGCGGCCAUAUGAUGUGAUGGACGUCAUAGAACAGUACUCAGCAGGCCACCUGGACAUGCUGUCGCGGAUUAAAAACCUCCAAUCCAGGAUAGAUAUGAUUGUGGGUCCCCCGCCCCCUUCAACUCCCCGGCAUAAGAAGUAUCCAACCAAAGGACCUAUGUUCUCUUCUAAAGAAUCACCCCAAUACUUGCCUAGAGUUGACCAGAUUGUCGGACGAGGGCCAGCUAUAACAGACAAGGAUCGAACCAAAGUUCCAGCUGAAGGAGAAUUGCCAGAAGAUCCGAGCAUGAUGGGCAGGCUUGGAAAGGUGGAAAAACAGGUCCUGUCGAUGGAAAAGAAGCUAGACUUCCUGGUAAACAUUUACAUGCAGCGAAUGGGCAUCCCACCAACAGAAACCGAAGCCUACUUUGGAUCUAAAGAACCAGAGCCUGCACCUCCCUACCACAGCCCAGAGGAGAGCCGAGAGCAUAUCGACAAAAAUGGCUGCAUCAUCAAGAUCAUCCGGUCGACCAGUUCCAUGGGGCAAAAGAAUUUCUCUGCUCCUCCGGUCCCUGGAGUGCCCACCAAUACAUGCCCACCGUCCACUUCCUGGCAACACCAGGCCUAUCAGCGGCAAGGCCACGGCUCCUCUCCUGUGGGAGACAACAACGGUUCCCUAGUCCGGAUCCCCCCUCCACCUUCCCACGAGCGCUCCUUAUCGGCUUACAGUGGGGGCAACCGGGCCAGCACAGAAUAUCUCCGCAAUGAAGACGUUACCACUAAGCACCACGAGAGUGCCUUGAGGGACAGCGACACCUCCAUCUCCAUCCCGUCGGUCGAUCACGAGGAGCUGGAGCGCUCCUUCAGUGGUUUUAGCAUCUCCCAGUCCAAGGAGAACUUGGACGUCCUCAACAGUUGCUAUGCAGCCGUGGCACCCUGUGCCAAAAUCAGACCCUACAUUGCAGAAGGCGAAUCAGACACUGAUUCCGACCUCUGCACUCCUUGCGGCCCUCCCCCAAGAUCAGCAACAGGGGAGGGUCCUUUCAGUGACAUGGGGUGGUCCGGGCCCCGAAAAUGAAGCCAUCCAAGGGAGCUGAAGACUGCCAGCCAGCUGUUCUUUCAUGCACUCCACGUGUUGAACUCCUUCAGGAGAUGUACAGCUAAGAUUUUGCCCUUUGGGACUUCACUUAGUUCUGGAACAAAUUCAUACUGCUACCUGGAGUCCAGACGGCUGCUGGGUUGAAUAAGCGAUCAGGAGCCUGAAAUGUCUGGAUUCUUCUGAAAAUGUCUUUCUAAGCUCUCUAGGUAAAGUGGUAACCUGGUGCAGGGUGGGUGACCUUGUUUCUUGGUGAACCUUCAGUUGCAGGGCACAGAUAUCGGCCAAGCACGUUUUUAUGUAUAAAAGAUACCUGAUAUUGCACUACUGUGCUAAGGGGGUUACAUACGGAGUGCCAUGUGAUUACAAAGGAAACAUGAUAAUGACUGUCUCAUGAAACAGUUUUCAUGUUAUGCAAUGAUCGUGAACAGGCUGGAAUCUUUCAAUUUCCUAUUGACCAGUGGAAGCGUGGUGUAAUUGCUGCCUAAAAACAUAGGAGCUUGGGCGGGGCUGGAAAAUUUCAUUUUGAAGGAUCCACUGUCAAAAUUAGUAACUCUUUUGACACACUGAAAUUUCCUGUGAGAGGGUUUAGGACAUGAAUCCUGCAAUUAGGGAAGGAAAGCUAGGAUGGAAGUUGGGGUGGACCAAAGCCAUUUGAGGGUCACUUAAUCACAGAGGAGGUGAAAAGACUUUAGACAUAGAAUUAUGAGAAGGGGAAUGACACCAGUCAAUAUGGGCAAGAAGAGAGGGUUGGAACCAUGAAUUAUCUUCCAGCAAGUAGUUUAUCCUCAAACUGCAGACCCUUUAGAUGUGAUUUUCUGCAGGCAUGCUGUUGGAAUCCCACCUUUACUCCAUACACUGGUGUGUGUGCAGCAGGGGAGAGGGAGAGGAAUGGGUGAAUAGGGAAACUUUAUUUUUGUGUAUCUGGUGAGUGCAUUUAUUAUGUGAUGAGUAGUGAACAGUCAAGUGGAAGGAUUGUCCUGUCCUUGUGUAGUUCAAUGUUGCCCUUUCUUCCAUGGUUCAUAUUGUGCCUGGUAAAGUGUGUCCUCUACAUUUCUACAAAGAAAGUUUUCCUCACACUCCAACUGAGAUUUCCUCUUUGACUCUCCUUCCCACAUCCCUCACAUUCCUCAUUGAGUUUGCGCCUCUCUCCAGCAUUUUAGGGCAGAUUUCCUGCCUAGAGUCAGAAAUUUUUUCUCUUUCCCCUCACAUUUUUGGUACCAAUUUACAAGUGCUGCCAGACAACCAUUUCCCUGUUUUCUCCACAUUUUGGGUAGGGUUCUGUUCAGUGCCCAUAUGGAUAAUCCUACUUUGGGUCAUGAGUCAGGAAUAGUGCUGGGAGCUGAGGGAGAGCCAGAAGAAAGAACAAGGAUGGUUUCUUUUGGGGACCAAACUGAAGUCACAAAGUGAUCCUUUACUAUUGUAUAACCACAAACCUCAUUUAAGGGACAUGGGGUUGGUGGAUUCUGAGGGUGAUCAAAAACCUCAUUCAAACUGACCCCCACUGAAAGUCCCAUUUAAGUCCUCUUUUAACCUCCUAUCCUGUAUUUCUGAUAUGUUUCUAAAAGGGAAAUAAAACCAAAACCUACUGAGGUAUUUAGGCUAUGACCAGGAUUUCGUGUUCCCGUCAGCUCAUAUCCACACUCCUUUCCUUAGUGAUAUAAUGGCUCAGCUUUCGUGUUGUUUGAAACAUGUGCCAGGGGCCAGUUGUGUCACAGAGGAUAGACAGGGAAACUUUGAUUUCCUAGGCUUUCUCUUCUUCCUCUUCACUGUACUUAGAGCAGGAAGGAAGAGUGCUAAGGUGUCCAACAACCACUUUGAACCCCAGUCCUUUCUUGUGCUGAUUUGUCCUGUUUAAAAGGAAUCUUAACUAGUGACCCAAUAUUGAUCCAAGAAUUGUCAGGAAAAGCAGCUACCGGGGUGUUGUUUUCUAAGCUCUCUUUAGAAAUCCCACUCCAUGUGAAAGAAAGAAAUUACUAAUUCAUGAGGUGAAAGAGCAGCCUUGUUCACCCAUUGGACAGCAAAGCCCCCUUGGAAGUUAGAAACUUAACACAGUGAAACCUAGUAAAUGCUCUGUCAUUUGAUCUACUAGAACUGCAGAUUCAGAGGUACUUAUUGAGACAAUAUAGGAUGUCCCAAGAUAAAGAGGUGCCGUUUACUUGGAUUCAAAAACAACAGAAGAACUCCAUACUAUGCCAUAUGUAUUACAUACCAUAUGUUGGGCAGAGUACAAAUUGGCAUAAAAAUAAAAACUGGCACAUAUGUGAACUAAAUUCAAGUUUGCUGUUAAAAAAAGUCUUGGUUUUAAAACCUUCUGCAUUCAAAUUGUAACAUUUCUAUCACUACCAAGUUGGGUGGGUUUUUUUUCCCAUGGGUCACCCUAUAGAACCAAUAAUGAAUGUAAUUUUUUUUCCGGAUGGUAACUUCCCAUUUGCCAGGCAACAAAAACUCUGACUCAUUGCUCAUUCUGAUUUAAACUAACUCCAAAACAAAAGGAUUAGAAACACGCUCCAUAGUGUUCUUGCUUAAAUGACACUUUUCUUUCAUUUUCCAUCCCAUGUUGGAUAUAAUCCUCCUUCUCUCCUUGGAAGUGACUGCCUCCCCUUUCUCUUUUGAAGACGUUGACAAGGUAUUCAGUGAUUUAGUACCAUACCUUCUAAAUUUCACAAACUGUUGGUUUAAAAUAUUUACCUUUGGAGAGUAAUUUUCCUAUCUUUUAAUCUUUUGAUGCAUUAUGAAGAAUGCCAGAUAAGUAGUUCUCCUUUUUAAAUAAAGGCCUGUCUUAAUUGAAUCUCCAUCCAACAUCUGGGUGGCUAGGCAUAUAUGAUGGCACAUCUAGAAAACUAGAUUUAAAUGACCACAGACUGUCACAAGGGAAACUGCAAACUGGAUUUCUCACUCUGAACAGUAACUUUCAUCAUUCUGGAGCAUUCAUUCAUUGAACACAGGAUAUUUAUAUGUCAUUUAAGAAUUUGGGUGCCUUUUGUGAUGAUUUGUGCUUCUUUAAACAGAAUGCUUUCAACAAAAAUGAUAAACAAGAAAUCCAACUCAGAUUUAAUAUUAGAUUAGUUUUCUUGGGUAAAGUAUAUGAUUGCUUUUUUUACUUAGACUGGAUUUUUAUUUGUUUG